AAAAAUAUUUUGUUAUAAAAUUAAUAGAAACCAUUUAAAAUUAUUGAAAUCUAAAUGCAGAAAUAUAUUUAAAAUGGCUACCAAAAUCAUUAAUAAUAUUACAAACUUGAAUACGAUAUUAUAAAAUGUUAACAUUUAAUUUAAUAUUAAAAAAUUAUGAAGAACUGAAAGGAUAUGCAGGAGGAUAUUUUUAAAAAAUUCAAUAAAAUAAAAAGUUAUAAUUUAAUAACAGAAUACAAAAAACAAUCGCUCUUUAACUCUCGUCUGCAAGGAAGAACUAAAAAAAUUAUGCACGUUCAUCAAAGGACACCACGUACACCUGAAAGUUAUUUCAAUGUGCCAGAAUCUAUAGCUUUAUUAAAUAUUGUAAAAUCAGAACGAAUUCAAUGUGCCUUUCAAUCUAAUCGGAAAAAUCAUGCCAGUGUGUGGGAAAUGGUUGCUGGAAUAUUAAAUAAAUAUAGUAAUCGUAAGAGAAGUGCCAAGCAAUGUUGUAAUCGCUAUGAGAACUUAAAAAAAAUUUAUACUCAACUGAAAAAGAAUCCAGAACGACAUGUUCGACGGAAUUGGCCAUAUAUGUAUUUGUUUCGGGAAAUUGAAGAGCAACGAGGUGAAACUUGGGGUAUAACAAAUAAAAGGGCUGCCACAAAUCUUUUGCAAUCAGCAUUAAAUGGUGAGGGUCUGGAACCAAUUGAAAUACCGGAUUUGAGAGAUGUUAAUACAAGUGGCAAUGGCUUACAUCAAGAUCAUAUUAUUGCAAAUCAUCAACAUCAUUUAUCAAAUCAAACUCAUCCGUCAACAGUAACAAAUCAAAGUGCUGUUGCAUCAGCUAUAGUAUCAAACGUACAAUCAUCAUCAAAUUCAUCAUCAUUGGUUGCGUCAAUAGCAGCUGCCGCAGCAGCUGCAGCUGCUGCCGCUGGUAAUUCUAGCACGAUUCACACAAAUAGUCAUGGCAAUAAUAAAAUUAAACAUGAAAUAUCAUAUUAUCAGCGAAGAAAAAAUAUGGUAGCGUUAACGAAUAUGUUAAUGAAUCGUGAAGUAAUGUUAACAAAUUUAAAUAAUAAUAGUGAAAAUAGUGAAUCUGAUCGAUUGUUACCAAAUAAUUUUGUUGAAACAGAAUUGCAUGAAGAUGAUGAAGAUGAUGAUAUCGAUGAUACUGAUAACAUCGAUAAUCAGAAUGAUUCAAUUAUGGUUAGUGACAACUGUAAUGAUGUAACACAAUCUAAGAAUAACAAUAAUAUUAAUAAUGAUCUAAGUAUAAAUAAUAAUCAUGGUAGCAUUGAUUUAUCAAUGUUUGGUUUAAGAGCCGUUCAUCACAACAAUGAUCAUAAUACUCAGAGUAAAAAUGACAGCCGCCAUAAUAACAUUAAUAAUCACAAUAUUAAUUAUAAUAACAGCAAUAAUUGUAGUAGUAAUAAUAAUAACAAUAACAACAGCAAUAUUGCAAAUAAUCAUAACAAAAAAAGAAAUAUUCAAGAAUUUGGAUUGCCAGACUUUUUAAGCAACAUUAAGGAUGAGCCCGUUUCGGAUCAUGAGUCAUGUAAUAUUAAAACUGAUAAAAACGGGCAUCCAGAAUAUUUUAUGAACGGAUUAAAUGGACAUCGAAAAAAUAGUAUCAUUAACAACAGUGAUAGUAACAAUAAUAGUAAUAAUAAUAAUAUUGAUAACCAUAACAACCUUAACAAUAAUUCACUUACAAAUAAUAUCAUUAAUUCUAAUGAUAUAACAUUUGAUCCAAAUAAUGAUACAUUGUCAGAAUCUUCAAAUAUAUCACUGACAACACGUAAUAAUAAACGACGUAAGUCGUCUACUACUGAAACGGAUGGUGGUGAAAGUACAAAUUAUGAAUUAAUUGAAUAUUUAAGAAGAAGGGAGAAACGCGAUGAAGAUAUGUACAAAAAAAUGAAUGAUAGAGAAGAAAGACUUAUUAAUUUAUUAGAAAGGACUGUUAUUGCUUUUGAGCGCAUAGCUGCUGCUGCCAGUACUAAUAUUGCAAGUCAACAAAAGCAACAUCAACAACAACAGCUAUUCGGUUUAAAAGAAAAUCAGCAAUUAUUUAUAAAACCCAUAAAUGCAAAUCAGAGCUGUAAAAAAACUAAUAACAUUGAUCAUACGGAUUUAAAUGCAGUUAAUAGUAAUAAUAAUACUAAUUCUGCAAUCGAAAAUAUUAAUAAUGAUAACAAUAACAGUAAUAAUAAUGAAAUAAUGAGUAAUAACGAGAAUAGUGUCAAUAAUGACAAUAACCGCAAUAAUAAUGAUAAUAACAAUACUAACCUUAAAAGCAUUAAUAAUAGUUCUAAUAAAAAUAACAGUAAUAUUAUUACCGGUAAUAACAACAAUAGCAGCAUUGAAACAAUAAAAAUAUUAAAUGUUGCAUCUGUUAAUAAAAAAAGUAUAGAAUCAUCAUUAUCGUCGACAUCGUGAAAAUGGAUUCAAAUAUCAUUCAUUAUACUCAUAAAAAAUCACACAAAAAUUCUUUUCAAGGAAUUUUUUGUUUUAAUUAGAAUUUAUUUUUUAUAAAUCAUUAUUUAUUUGAAUUUUAUGAAAUAUUGCUUUAAAAACAUAGAAUUACAUACAUUGAGUCAUAAACGUUGAAAUAUUUUAGAAAUUAAUUUAAAAAAUUGCAUUUUAGGAAGACUUAUUUUGAGAUAAACGGGGUCAAACUCAAAGCCAUUAAGUUAUUCAUCAAAAUUAAAAAAAAAAAAAAAGAUUUUAAAUAUAUGUAUAUUUUGUAAUAAUUUUCAUUAUUAUAUAAUAGAAUGUUCAUUAUUAUAUGGAAUAUUUGAAAAAGGUAAUUCAUGUUACAUUUGAAAUUUCAUAGAAAGAACUAUCAAUUUUUGUUUAAUUUUCUAAUUUAGGAACUAGCGCAAGACUGAAGCAUUUUCUCGAAGUUAUAUUAAUUAAGUUAAACUAGUAUUGUUAUCAUAUUAAUUAAGAUAUUUCAGAAUAGUAACCAUAUGCUAUUUUUAUAGUUAUAUAAAAUAAUAGCUAUUUGUUAUUAUUUUAAAAUAUUUUGAUACGAUUGGUUUUCC